AUGGCAACUAGACUCCGAUUCGAGAAUUCUUGUGAAGUUGGCGUCUUCUCAAAACUUACUAAUGCCUAUUGUUUGGUUGCCAUUGGAGCCUCUGAAAGUUUCUACAGUACAUUUGAAGCUGAGUUAUCAGAUGUUAUCCCUGUGAUCAAAACUUCCAUUGGUGGAACUCGUAUUGUUGGCCGUCUUUGUGUUGGAAACAAGAAUGGGCUUCUAUUGCCUCAUACCACCACAGACCAAGAACUUCAACAUUUGAAAAACAGUCUACCGGAUCAAGUUCGUGUUCAGCGUAUAGAAGAAAAAUUAUCUGCCUUGGGAAAUUGUAUAGCAUGUAAUGACUAUGUAGCCCUCACGCACACUGAUCUCGACAGGGAAACUGAGGAGGUUCUUGCUGAUGUUCUUGGAGUAGAAGUUUUUAGGCAGACAGUUGCCAGUAAUGUUCUUGUGGGAAGUUACUGUGCUUUCUCCAACAAAGGUGGUUUGGUCCACCCGCAUACUUCGAUCGAAGACUUGGGUGAACUUUCUACACUUCUUCAAGUUCCUUUGGUUGCUGGGACUGUUAAUCGCGGUAGUGAAGUAAUAGGUGCUGGCAUGACAGUAAAUGAUUGGACAGCUUUUUGUGGUUCAGACACCACAGCAACAGAACUCUCAGUGAUUGAGAAUGUUUUCAAGCUGAGGGAUGCCAAGCCUAGUGACGAUGUCAAUGAUAUGAGGAAAAUCUUUUAA